GAGUAGCUUUGCUAAACUGCAUUCAGUGCAUUCAGUGUUCUUUAUCAACAUCAGUGACCUGCUCAAUGAAAGAGGACUAUUAUAUGAUAAUUUGAGGUGUCUUGUUUGUAUAAUAGCUUGACCUGUUUAUUGGAAGAUAUGAAUUAUCAGUUGUACUUACAUGCACCUUAUGGGGUUGUUUCUAUAGCUGUUGCCUUCAAUUACAGACUGGUAGGCAUUAUAAAAGGCUUGCUUUAUGAGGAUGCUUUCAUUCAUUAGACUCUAACUUGAAGAUGUAUUCUUAUUAUUCUAUUCUACUGGUUCUUUGUAUGAGCUCUUAUUCAUUAUCUGCCAGUAGUACACUUGAUGGUACUUGUGUUAAUCCUACUACUUUGUCUUUCAUUGAGAAUUCACUGACUAAUAUCAGUGAUCAGCUUAAAGGAUCAUCCUGUUCAUCAGAUGGUGCUGCUAGUGAAGAACUAACUGGUCUCCUUCAAUUAGCAUUAGUAAAGGAACUGGCAAAAGAUUAUAAGGAUGAGUCAUGUGAUAAAGAAGAAAGGAAGCUAUUGAAAAACAUCAAUGCAUCUAUUGCCAACAAAAUAGAUGCUUCUACUGCUGCAACUGAUGCCAGACUGAAUGCUAUUGAGCCUCAAUUAGCUUCACUGCAAUCACAAGUGUCUUCUCUCUCAUCUGAUCUUAACAAGUUGUCUCGAUUGUUAGCAAAACAUGUUAAUGUGAGUUUAGAUGAUGAAGAAGAGGCUCCUUCAUCUCCUCUCCUCUCCUCAUGUGAUGCUAUCCUCAGUAAGUGGCCUAACAGUCCUUCAGGUUAUUAUAAUCUAGCUGAUGUUAAUGGACAUAGUCGUCAUGUAUACUGUCACAUGGAGACUCUGUGUGGUAAAGGAGGAGGGUGGAGAAGAAUAGCUAGUCUGAAUAUGACUAAUCCUAAUGAGAAAUGUCCUACUCAGUUUAGAACUUAUUCAUCAGGUGGAGUUCGUGCUUGUGGUAGACCAGAUACUAAUAGUGGUAGCUGUUUUGGUAUAACAUUUCCAUCAAAAGAUAUAAAGUAUUCACAAGUAUGUGGUAAAGUGAUUGGAUAUCAGAUUGGAACAACAGAUGGAGCAGCAGCCUUUUAUGCUAGCAAGGAUAUAAACUCAGCAUACAUUGAUGGUAUUAGUCUAACACAUGGUAACCCAAGGAAACAUAUCUGGUCAUUGAUUAGUGGAAAUUCUAUUGAGUAUAGUUUUUGUCCUUGUGGUAGUUCAAACCCUAAAUCUGUUCCAUCAUUUGUUGGUUCUAACUAUUAUUGUGAAGUUGGUUGUCAUCAUUUGUGUUCUUCUGAUCCAUUAUGGGAUGGUAAAGGUUGUGGUAGUACUGAAACCAAUUGUUGUCAACGUACUCUUAUUCCUUGGUUCUAUAGAUCUUUUACUCACUCUACUACUGAUAAUAUUGAGAUGAGGUUAUGCUGUGAUGAAGACACAAAUAAUGAAGAUGCCCCUUUUGAACAAUAUGAAAUUUAUGUCAAGUGAAGAUUGAUCUGUACUUUAUGCAUGUACAUAUAGUUGUCAAUACUUUUUGUUUGAUUUUUGGGACAAAUUUUUGAGUUAGGCUAAGUGAUUUUUCAGUUCUUUUUCGUGAUAAAAAUCAAUUAUUUACUUUUGUGAAAGCAGGAAAUGAAUAACUUUAUACAACACAUACUAUAUCAGUGGUUUAUGAAAAUCUAAUUAUGCUGUAUAGGGAGGAAUUGUUUACAAAAGAAAGGCUGAUGUUUUGGCUGUUGCCUAGCUAUACAUAAUCAGAGGUUAUUUGAUGACUCAUAUUCUAUUCUACUCGUCCUUUGGAUUAAUUACCUCUUGUUCAUGGUGUUUAGUGAAGAUUAAUUUUUGGACAGCAUAAAUACUUGGAAAUAAUGCAAUAGAUUUCUAAAUAGAGAUCUAUAUAUCAUUCACUGUGACAUUUUAUAAAAUGAUUAUUAAGUGUCUAUGUGAAUGUAUAAUGCUUUAUUUUCGAUGAGCAAAACUUUUGCAGUUUUUGCUGAUUAUAGCAUGCAGCCACUCACAGAAUUAAAGCUCUGCAAAGCCCAUUAAGGGUGUAGUGCUAAAAUUUCAAAUCCAUGAAAAGUUAUUUCUGGAAAGUAAUCAGAUAUCAGGCAGUGAUAAUUGAGUUGAUGCUAUGAUCAUGAGACAAGUGGUAAAGAUGUUCCUUUUGAACAAUAUGAAAUUUAUGUUAAGUGAUUCAAUUUAAAGUGAUGAAAUAAAUAAUUGAAACAUUAUUAGUUUAAUUUUAAUUUUAUAUGAUUUAGAAUUAUGUACAUGUAGUUGUGAGUUAUUUGUAAUAGGCAGUGGGUAUAGAGUUUGCUUGACUUGGUAAAGAGGUAUUGUUCAUGUACACAGGUCAAGCUAACUAUACAAACAAGACACCUCAAGUUAUCAUAUAAUAGCCCUCUCUCAUUGAGCAGGUCACUCAGAACAAUGCAGUGUAAAGUUCUUCCUUUCACAUAGGCUAUGUGAAAGCAGGAAAUGAGUAGCUUUGCUAAACUGCAUUCAGUGCAUUCAGUGUUCUUUAUCAAUAUCAGUGACUUGCUCAAUGAGAGAGGACUAUUAUAUGAUAACUUGAGGUGACCUGUUUAUUGGAAGAUAUGAAUCAUCAGUUGUGCUUACAUGUACCUUAUGGGAUUGUUUCUGUAGUUGUUUCCUUGAAUUACAGACUGGCAUUAUAAAAGGCCUUCCCAGAGGUUCCCUUCAUUCAAUAGAUUUGAAGAUGUAUUCUUAUUAUUCUAUCCUUGUGGUUCUUUGUAUUACUUGUACCUCUUAUUCAUUAUCUGAUAAUGAUGGUACUUGCGAUUCUACUUUGUCUUUCAUUGAGAAUUCACUGACUAAUAUCAGUGAUGAGCUUAAAGGAUCAUCUAAUAGAGUGAGUGAGCGUCUCUCUAGUGUCACUAGUCUCUUUCAACUCUCCUUCCUUAAAGAAUUGAUUGGAUCUUAUAAAGAGAAGUCAUUCAAUAGCAGUAAUGAAGAAGGAUUGGCUAUUCUGAAAAGAAUGGAACUAAUAUUGAACACAUCCACUGCUGACAUCACAUCUAAACUAGAGGACACCAAUGCUAGACUGAGUGCCAUUGAACAACAGCAACAAUCACAAGUGUCUUCUCUCGCAUCUGAUCUUAAGAAGAUAUAUCAACUGCUGGAGGAACAUGCUAAUGUGACUGAAAAUUGUGAAGAGGCUCUUCUCCUCUCCUCAUGUGA